CGAGGUUAGGUUCCUUCAAAAUACCAAGUGGACUACUUAUCUUUCUAUUUUAAGACAUUCGUGUGAAUCGGUGGCAAAUGUUUGACUGUAUGGCACUGUUCAACUCAAGGAAAUGCGCGUGCUACAAUUUUUUCCUUACUAAUGGUUAAAUACAGCCGAUGCUCAUUGACCUACUCUCCUGUUAUCAAACCAACACGUGCUGACGCUGUCAUCGUCUCGAGAUUCAUAUUCCUACUUUAUUUUCCUGUUUAUCUUCUUCUCGAUCUGCAAUCUGUCCAUCUGAAUCUUCGAGUUUUUUUUGUUGCUUUCGAUUGGGCAUAUAUAGAAGAGAUUACAGAAAUAUAUCUCAUCUUUUUCUUUCCGAUUUUCGAUUUCGCACAGGGUUCAGUUUAGGGCUCUGAUUUAGCACUCCCUUCUUGCUUUUCUUCCGCAUUGUUUCUUGCCGUCCUCGUUCCGCCCAUUGAAAACAUUCCGAAAUUUCAACUUCCUUGAUUGGAUUUCAGGUGCAGAGGAUCUUGCGAUCAUGGCGAUGAGAGGGAUCCUUUUGGAGGGCUCGCUACUGGGUGAAUCAGUAUCUCUGGAGAAAUUGUUGACAAGACUAGCUUAUUCAAACCUCCAUGUCAUGUUGCUCUUCACUAAUGGGCAGGAUCCCUCUGAAAAGGUGGAUCUGCUGAAGCAGUUGUCCGUGUCAGAAUUUGUGAAGGUAGUGUCUGUAGACGCCAACGAAAAUGUACUCAAGGCAAUCAAAGAAUCUUGGCCAGUGCAGGCCUCCCAUUCUGUGUUUGUGGCUUCAACUGAUGGAGCUGCUGUGACUGAGCUAACAGCGUCAGGCUGGAACAUCCUUUACUCAGGGCAAGGAGUUGCCAGUAAAGAAGCGUCCACCAUUCAGGACAUAGACGACGUAUUUGCAGCUUUAGCAGAAUUAAACAAGAAGGCCUUUGGAGUGGAAUUACUUGUUGUCGGCCACGUGAUGAAAUGGAGCCGGGAGAAGGACUUCUUGAAGAGGCGUAUGCUGCCAUCAGUACCCACAAGCAACGAUUUGGUUUUCGUCCCACUUCGCACAGACCGCCCCAUGGAGACACAGCUAGAUGCUGUGGAUAUUAUUCUGCACAAAGCAACGGAUGAAAUCGUUAGUGUUACUACGAUACAAACCCCAAACCCUGCAGAACGCAUCCAGUACUCAGAUAGCAUCAAGACACUCCAGAGAUAUAUUGAAGAGCACCCUGGGAAAUGUAUUGUUGACCCAAUUGACCGGCUCGCGCCUAUAUUAGAUCGAUCUCUGACCCGUGAAGUCUUGAACGAUUUGGAAGAUGCGAAAGUUAGUGAUACCACCGUUGUCAGAGCACCUCGAUCUGUGGAGGUGAAAGACUUGGAGGAACCCCAUUUGACAGAGGCAGUCAGUGUGGGUUUUCCCACGAUUGUGAAGACCAUGAUGGCUUGUGGGACUAACGAUGCUCACACAAUGGCUGUGGUGUUCAAGAAGGAAGGCUAUGUGAAUUUAGCUGUGCCUCUUCCAGCUGUGGUUCAGGAGUACGUUGAUCACGGUUCAUGUGUUUAUAAGUUCUAUAUUAUUGGCGAUAAGGUGAUGCAUUCUUGUCGAAGAUCCAUGCCAAAUGCGGCUUCAAUGGCCGUAUCAGAUGGUUCGUCUGGGGGUAUGCCAGCAUUGGUGUUUGAUAGCCUAAAAUCAAUGCCUUCAAGUUUUGAGGGCGACGGCAAAUUACUUUCGAACACGGUGGUGGAAGGAGAUGGAAGUUUGGACGUGGAAGCUGUGGAGAAAGCAGCGGUAUGGCUUCGCAAGAAACUCGGUCUUUCAAUCAUCGGCUUCGACAUUGUGGUUCAAGUGGGAACUAAGGAUCAUGUCAUGGUGGAUGUCAACUACUUCCCCUCUUUUAAGGAUGUUUCUGAUAAGGAAUCCAUUCCUGCUUUCUGGGCUACACUUCGUAAUGCUCACGCCAGCAAGACGGCAUCCACUUAAAAUGUAUCACUAAUACUUAUUAAGUUCAUAUUGCCUUUUAGUACUUCCCACUUUGAAUUUGAUGAGGAUCAAAACAUUUGUACUCCAGGGGUGUCGGGGAUGAAAUUUUGGUAAAAGUGCAAAUGCCCGCUCAGUAAACGGAGUAAUGGACUGAGCAAUUCCUAAUCUCAAUAAUCCCCGAAGUGCAAUAUUGUUUCAAUUGUGGAUCUUCCACUGGCUAACUGCAUGUAUUCGUUGGAAAGCUUUUGAAUGAGCCUUCCAUUGGUUCAAUCCAAUUUCCUUUUGGGACA